AUGAAGACAAUAUCAGGGAAAUUAACAUCCACAACCCCAAUCUCUCUUUCUCAAGCAGCGAAAUCGCUCUCCAAAUUUGCUGCAUCAGAAAACGGAGCUUCACAUUCUGUCUCCAUAUAUAUCCAACGUGCCGCUGAUUCAUUCAAUCAACUUGUUCAGCUUCAUGAGAAACUCAGACCAAAUAGUGCAAAAAAUGAGCUUUCUAUCAAAGUUGAGGAAACUUCCGAAAGAAGGAAGAAAAUUAGGGAAGUUGGUUUAAAGGCUGAAGAUGUAGUUAAGAAUGAUGAUUUCCCAAAUGAGUCACAAAAAAGCAGAAAAAGCAAUAGUUUUGAUAAGAAAAGCAAGAAGCUUGACAAGGAUCAGAAAUUGAUCAAGACCGAGCACCGGCUCGAUAUAAGUGAAGGAGAGACAGCAAAAUCCAAGAAAAAUGAGCUGGAGUUUAUUAAAAUGGAUAGCUAUGUGAAGAGGGAAUCGGAGUUCGAGGAAGUUAAGGAAGAUGCUGUUGUUGCUAGUAUUGGUGAGGAUCAGAGUAAUGCUUUUUUAUGUAGGAAAAAUGUCCCUUGUGGAUAUCAUUGCUAA